CGAUAAUCCAGCUGACCUUUUUAAACCAUGUAAAAUAUGUUGCUUCAUUUUAAAAUCCCUCAGACCGUCUGUGUGGAAAAGAAUGAAACCUUGGGUGGGACAUGUUUGAACGUAGGCUGUAUCCCGUCCAAAGCUUUGCUGAACAACUCCUAUCUCUAUCACCUAGCCUAUGGAAAAGACUUUGCGAGCAGGGGAAUUGAAAUCACAGGAAUGAAUCUUAAUCUGGAGAAGAUGAUGGAACAAAAGAGCAGUGCAGUGAAGUCGUUGACUGGUGGAAUUGCCCAUUUAUUUAAACAAAAUAAGGUAACCCAUGUCCAAGGCUAUGGUAAGAUUACUGGCAAAAACCAGAUCACAGCUCUCUGCAAUGAUGGCAGCACACAGGUCAUCAACUCCAAGAAUAUAAUCAUCGCCACUGGAUCAGAAGUCACUCCUUUCCCUGGGAUUCAGAUUGAUGAAGAGACUAUCGUAUCCUCGACAGGGGGCUUAUCUUUGAAGCAAGUUCCUGAAAAGAUGAUAGUUAUUGGUGCUGGCGUCAUUGGUGUUGAAUUGGGCUCCGUGUGGCAGCGGCUCGGUUCUGAAGUGACGGCCAUUGAAUUCUUGGGACAUGUUGGAGGAAUUGGGAUCGACAUGGAGAUUGCAAAGAAUUUUCAACGUAUUCUUCAGAAGCAGGGUCUCAAGUUCAAACUCAACACAAAAGUCACUGCAGCAGCAAAAAGACCUGAUGGGAAGAUUGAUGUUAGUUUUGAGGCUGCGGCUGGUGGAAAGGCAGAUGUGCUGACUUGUGAUGUGUUGCUGGUCUGUGUUGGCCGCCGUCCCUUCACAGAAAACCUGGGACUGCAGGAGAUGGGAAUUGAGCUGGAUAAGAGAGGCCGGGUCCCGGUCAACAACCGAUUCCAAACCAAAAUCCCAAGCAUCUUUGCCAUUGGAGAUGUGAUUGCUGGCCCAAUGCUGGCCCACAAGGCUGAAGAUGAGGGGAUCAUCUGUGUGGAGGGCAUGGCUGGAGGAGCAGUUCACAUCGACUACAACUGUGUUCCUUCUGUUGUAUACACUCACCCAGAGGUUGCAUGGGUCGGAAAAUCUGAAGAGCAGCUGAAGGAGGAGGGAGUUCCAUACAAAAUUGGGAAAUUUCCAUUUGCUGCCAACAGCAGAGCCAAAACCAACAACGACACAGAUGGUCUGGUGAAGAUUCUCAGUCAUAAAGAAACAGACAGGAUGUUAGGAGCGCACAUUCUUGGAGCCGGAGCUGGGGAGAUGAUCAAUGAGGCCACGCUUGGUAUGGAAUAUGGAGCGUCUUGUGAAGAUAUUGCUCGAGUUUGUCAUGCCCAUCCGACGGUCUCGGAAGCUUUCAGGGAGGCAAACUUAGCCGCUUCCUUUGGCAAAGCCAUCAACUUCUAAAGUGCUCUGUGAUUUGUAUAUAGACUGUAACUUGGUGUUUGGCCUAUCACAAAGUGGACAUUAUGAUAAAGAAUUAAGUUAACUGUUGUCAGAAUUUUACACAACUGUUGAAGAGGGAAUUAUAACAAACAAUUUGUUGUCUAAUGAUGUCACAUCACAUGUAUUUUAACAGGAAAUAAAACCGAAGGAAUGAUGUACAGAU